AUGGCCGACCCGCUGAGCGUUGCCGCCUCAAUUAUCGCAUUAGUUACAGCCGUUAUUCAGUCAACAAAAUCUCUUAAUACGGCCGUUAAGAGGUAUAUAGAACGCGAUAAGACGCUGCGAAGGUUACAGGCUGAACUCAACAACUUGACUAAGGUCCUAGAAGCCCUUAAUACAGUUUGCAAUCUUAAGUUAUCAGUUAUAUCCCUUUUAGAAGGACCUGAAAUCUCAUACCAGUUUUCGGGAUUAGGCAAAGAUAGAGUUUAUAAAAGGACUGGGUACUAUCACGAUAUCAGUCUAUUUCAGAACCUUAGGCCUCUUUUUACUUAUAGAAAACUCUCUUAUAGACUAUCCUACCAAGUUCUGGAGGAGUAUAGCGAGGUUAUUAAAGAUACUACGUAUAAUCUCAAGAUUCACCUAGAGCGCAUUGAUAAGAAAAUAGGAUUAUUCACCGAAGGGAACCUAAAGACCUCUUAUACUAACUUAGACCUGAAUAUAGAUCUUCAGGAUGAGAAAACAGUUACAGAAUAA